AUGGAGAAAAGUCUGAUUAUUGGAAUCUUUUUUAGUUUACUCUGUUCAGUACUCGUAAAUGGAGCAUUUCAGUUGCAGAACGUGGUUUGCGAGUCCUUAGAUCUUUCGAUUUCGGAAUUCAAUCGAUGCGAAAUGAAGAUUGUUCAACGUGGUGUGUCCGCUUUCUAUAUGAUCUGGAAGUGGUAUAAAAAGCCAAUCAACAAUAUCGACGUCAAUUUGUCGUUCCACAAAAGAUCAAACGGAUAUCUUCCAUUUCUUUUUAAUCAGACCCUGGAUUAUUGUUACUAUAUGCGCAAUCCCAAGGCUCAUCCUUUAAUUUACACGAUGCACAAGACAUUUUGGCCAGCAUCAAACAUUAAUCAUUCCUGUCCUUAUGACCAGGAUAUGAUCAUCAACGGAUUUAUCUUCAAUAAGAAUGACUUAAUGGAUCUGCCCAUAUCCAAUGGGGAUUACAUGAUACAAGUGAAAAUUGCCACCGACAAAAAUUAUAAUGCGUGCAUAAAAAUUUACACCAAAAAAAUGUGA